UUCAGUAGUUGUUUCUAAAGUAAAUAAUAAAUAUAAUAUGCUGGGUAUUAUAAAUUUCAUAUUAUGUACAUUUCUGUGUACCACCUUGGUAAACGCUGUCACAUUUGACAUAACUAAUAGGGAAGGUGGACCAGUAUGGGUCGGUAUUCAAGGAAACCCUGGUCAUCCCCAUUUACGAAAUGGAGGAUUUAUCUUAAACCAAGGACAAUCGACUUCCAUAAAUGCACCCGACAACUGGGCAGGACGGUUUUGGCCUAGGACAUGGUGUGAUUAUAAUUCAAAACAUUGCUUAACUGGUGACUGUGGUAAUAAACUAGAAUGCGCAGGUGCAGGAGGUGUACCUCCAGCAACCCUGUUAGAAAUUACACUGAAAGGAGAUGCUGGAUUAGAUUACUACGAUAUCUCUCUUGUUGAUGGAUUUAACAUUAGAGCAUUCAUUGAACCAGUAGGUGGAAGUGGAGAUGGUAGCCAGUAUAGCUGCAAGAGAGCAGGAUGCUUAGCGGAUGUUAACACCCAAUGUCCCGAUGUCUUACGAAUUGUCCACCAGGGACAAACUAUUGCUUGUGAAUCAGCUUGCAAUAAGUUUAACACGGAUUAUUACUGCUGCAGAGGUCAGUACAAUUCAGCUCAAACAUGUGAUAGCAGAAAAUGGCCUGUAAACUAUCCAGGUUAUUUCAAAGGCAAGUGUCCCGACGCUUACAGCUACGCAUACGACGAUCAUAAGAGUCUCUUUACUUGUAAAGCUUCGCAUUAUAGAAUCCAGUUUGGUGCAUAACGACAGAAUCGAACUCAAAAAUCAUAUAAUGUAAAAUUGAAAUUUGGCAAAUGGUCUGUGUGAAUAAACAAAUAAAUAAGUG